AGCGGCCAUGGCGGAGCCGGCCCGGCCCGGGCCCCGGCUGGGAGUGGUGCUGGGGCUGGCGGCGGGCGCCGGGCUCUUCCUCGGGGUGAUCUGGGCCAUACGCCGCCGCUCCAAGGAGGCGGCGGGGCCGCCGCGCCGCGCCCAGGCCGUGCCCAAAGCUCUGCUCCCAGUGGCUGCUGGCCAUGCAGCCCUGCCCAGCCCCCUGGGGAGGCAGAAUGAGCAGCUGGAGGUGAUGGAGCGCCUGGACUUCGUGCUGAGGAACGUGGUGGAGCUGAAGAGGGAGGUGGAGGAGUUGAGGAACAGCCUCCAGCACCUGGCCGUGGAGAUCGUGGGGGAAGUCAGGAGCCACCUGGAAGAAACCCAGCGUGUGGCUCGCCGGAGGAAACUCCCCUUCUUCAGGGAGAGAAGUGACUCCACAGGCUCCAGCUCCAUUUAUUUCACAGCCAGCUCAGGGAACACCAACACAGAUGAUGGAGAGAGUGAGGGGGGUUACACCACGGCCAACGCUGAGUCCGACUACGACCGGGAGUCGGAGCGGGAGAGCGAGGACGAAGUGAGCUGUGACACCGUGAGGACUGUGCGCAGGGAUUCCCUGGAUCUGGUCCCCGAGGAUGAAAACCCUCUGGUUGUGGAUUCCUUGCUGGAGGAGGAGCUGGGACAGCUCCUGGAGCAGGCUGACCGCCUGCACAGAGGGGAUGAGCAGGACAGGAGAGAAGGGUUCCAGCUGCUCCUCAACAACAAGCGGGCGUACUCGGGGCAGCGGGAAUUCCUGUGGCGCCUGGCGCGGGCGCACUGCGACAUGUGGGAGCUGACGGAGGACGCGGAUGAGAGGAGAUCCUACGCCACGGGGGGUGUUUACAAGGCUUCAGGGAAGAAAGAGCUGGAACUUACCUUGGAGAAAUGGGAUCAAUGUGCUGAGUGCCACCAGUGGUUUGCCAUCCUUUGUGGGCAGGUGUCGGAACAGGAGAGCAUUCCCAACCGCAUCCAGGCUGGAUAUGUUUUCAAGGAACACAUUGACAGAGCAAUUGCCCUGAAGCCACAGGACCCACAGCUCUACUAUCUCCUGGGCAGGUGGUGCUACCAGGUUGCCCACCUGGGCUGGCUGGAGAAGAGGACGGUGUCAGCGCUGUUCGAGACCCCCCCGACGGCCACGGUGGAGGACGCGCUCCAGAACUUCCUGCGGGUCGAGGAAUUGAGCCCAGGGUUUUCCAAAGCGGGAAGAGUUUACAUUGCCAAGUGCUACAGGGACCUCGGGAACGUCUCGGCAGCCAUGCUGUGGAUGGACCUCGCCUCAAAGCUGCCAGGGAACACCAAAGAGGAUGUAGAAAGCGAGAAGGAGCUUCUGGAGAUGCGCUCAGUCUGGGAGGAAUAAUUUUGGAAACACUCAUUCCACUGCAGAGACAGUAAAAUUCAAAAUGGAUUUCAUGAUCCUGACAAUUCCAAGCACACUUCAUGGACAAGCAACAAGAACUUACAGGAAAACCACCAGCAGCACAUCCAGGAAAACAUCUUGGGAUAAAAUCGUGAUUUAUUUUCCUUUGUGCAGCACUGCAUGUGUUUGAUUUUAGGAUCCCUAAAAAUGCUACAUUCCUGAAAAAAGGGGGGAAUGUGGGGAUUUGUAGGUAGAGUUUGUGAUAUAAAAAUAUUUGUGGUUAUAUAUAUAUGGCAGAUAUAUACGUGAGAUAUGUGGUAUAAAUAUGUAUUAUAUAUUUUUAUAUAUGUGUGUAUGAAUAUAUAUAUUUAUUUAUAUAAUAUAUAUAUAUGCACAUAUGUAUUUUAUAUCACACACUCUGCCUGUUGGAAAACCUUGCUGGUGAGCUCCCAAUUCAUUCCUGAGGAAAACUUGAACCAAAUAUUUUUCCAGUUUAUUUGUACUCUAUUUUCUGUAGUAAUUAAUGGAAUCAGUUGUGAUAACUGAUAAAUGCCUUUUGGGGAAGUCAGUUUCCAAGUGGAACCAAGGAACUUUUCUGCAUAAUCCAGACUGGAUUUUAAGAGGUUCAUUAGUCAAAGAAGUGAGGAAUAGGAUUUUAAACUUCAGGAUUUUCUCCCAGUGAUGUUUCUGUUUUCCCUCAAAACUUCUGUCCCUCCAAAGUGUGCUGCUGUGGUUUAGAUGGAAUUACUGAGUUUGGGAAGUCGUUCCUGAUCAGAGAACAGGUUACAGGAGCAGGAAUAUCCUGUGGCAAAGAUGAUGUUUCGCUGUGAUGAUCUUCUGCCACUGACCAGAUUAAUUCUCUUCAAAUUAAAUCCUGGACUAACGAGGCGGCACCGGGGAGGUGAAGCUGACGACUGACAUUCCUCUUGCAACUCCUGGGGACCACACAGGAACAGGGAGUUGUGCUGGAUGCUGACACAGAUGGGGAAGGAAAACAUGUUGUGGAAUUCCCCACAUAUUUAUCAAGGCUUUGUUGAUAUCCCUUAAAAUUCCAAUGGCAGCUACUGAACACUAAUUGCUGAAUGAAUGUCUGUUUCAUGCUGGGGUGUUUGUGAGGGGUAAAGUGAGGAGCGUGUGAGUAAAACAUUCCUUGAAUCACCUGGUUUUUCCCUUGCACUGUGGUGGGUUUGUUACUUCCUGAAAAUAACACUGAAGGGGAAAAGUGCAGCAGACUCCAAAACUUCCUGGAUUGCAGGGCUGGGUGGCAGCCUCGGGGCAGGCACUGGCCACGGCACAGACCUGGGGGAGGUUUGGGAGCAAUGGGAGGAACUGGAUGGAGUGAUGGGGCUGUGCCUAGCACCUUGUCCCAGGUGGCAGCCCUGGGAGCAGGUUGGAGGUGAGAACUGGGGCAGUGUCUGGGACUGAUCCAGGCCAGGUCAGUGUUUCCCUGUGGGGUUGUUCUCACAUGCUGAGUUUAAGCAGGAUCACGGUGACAGAUGCUGCAUUUUGUGCACCCUGAGAGUUUCUGUCCCCCCUGGAGAUUUCCUGCUGGGAUGUGGCAGCUCAGGGAGCAGAAUUAAACCUGCACCUCCUGUGGGCAUUGCUGGCUUUGUCUCUCUGUUGUGCCAUCAGCCUGUGGGAAUUUGCUGUCACUGCCACCCCACCUGGGGCUGUGUCCUGGCAGCCCUUCCCAGCCCCACAAGAGCUCUGUGCCGUGCUGGGAGUGUUUGCUGGGAAUGUGCCUCAUCCCUGGGAAUCUCCUUUUGUUCCAGACACAGCUUUUGGGCUGUCAGCUUCAGAGUUUGAUUGCAAAAGUCCCUGAAAGGAAGAAUAACAAUGAGGUUUGUUAAAGUGCUGCUUUCAGACCCCACCUGGCAGUCUGUGCUUUGUUGUGUAUUUGCACUGCAGGGAAUUAAUGUCCCCUUCCCAAUUCAGCCCAGCAGAUCCCAGAGGCUCUUACAGGAAUAUUUACCCUCUGUUUCCCUUUGUGAUAACUUAAUCUCCACCCUGCCAUGAGGCAUUCCUUGAGUUCUCCUGGAGAACAUGGCAGAGGCAGUUUGCAGAGGAGCCCAGAGCUGUGUUUGGAGCAGGGAGUGCUGAGAGCUGCAUCUGCCUGUGCUGCCCCAGCCUGGCAACAUCCACGUGGAACAGCCCUGGCAGAUGGGAUUAGAUGGAGCAAAAUCCCUUCAUGGAAGAGGUUUUCUCCUGUGCAAACCAGGUAUGGAGUUGAACUUGGAAUCAGCUGAUUUCUCCCAUCAGCAUGAAUGACAGGACCUGUGCCCACAGCUCAGGAUUCACCCAGCCAAAAUCAAGAGCAAAGGUUGGUUUGGGCCUGAGAAAUUGAAAUAACUUUAAAAAACAAGAAACCACCUUUUUCUUCCUUCCUUGCUUUCUUUCUUUCUUUCAGAUGCUGGAAUUGCCUCUGUGGAUGUGUGCUGAGCUCUUGCUGCAGGGGACUGCCAGGCCUUAGUGGCUGUGAGUUUGUGUUCUCACUGGGAAACUGGAAAUAAUUACUGAUUAAUUAACUGAAUAAAUAUUUUCUGAAGCCUUUCCCCUU